UGCUCCGGGUGGGCCGGGCCGGGCCGGCGCCCCGCGCUCAGCAUGGAUCUCCUGCAGAAGAGCAAAUACAGCCACCUGCGGAACGAGUCCGUCUCCUCGCUGGAGGAGACCGUGGCGGUCCCGGGCUCCCCGGUGGAGCCCUUCCCGGGCACACGGUCGCUGUCUGGCUCCUUGUCCUCCUCCUCCCUGUGCCCCGCGGCGUCUCUCGGGGAGCUGUCUCCCGAGUCUGAGGACAGCCCCACCACGCUCUGCUCCUUCUUCCCCAAAAUGGCCAACCUGAAGCUCUCCAACCCCGCCAACCUGCUCAGCCUGCGCGGCUCCUCCGGCAGCGGCAGCCCCGGGGAGCCCCCGGCACCAGCACCGGCACCGGGGGUCAACGCCAGCGCCGGCUCAGCGGGACCUGUUGCUGUCUGUUCCCAGGAUAUGAACAAGCUGAGCUGCGGGAAGAAGACGCGGGUGGAAGGCGGCCAGCUCGGAGGGGACGAAUGGACCCGGCAUGGCAGCUUCGUCAAUAAACCCACCCGUGGCUGGCUGCACCCCGAUGACAAAGUCAUGGGCCCCGGGGUCUCCUACCACGUCCGUUAUAUGGGCUGUGUGGAAGUCCUGCAGUCCAUGAGGGCUUUGGAUUUCAACACCAGGACGCAGGUCACCAGGGAGGCCAUUGGGCUGGUGUGCGAGGCCGUGCCCGGUGCCAAGGGAGCUGUGAGGAGGAGGAAGCCCUGCGGCCGCUCCCUCAACUCCAUCCUGGGCAAGAGCAACCUGAAGUUUGCUGGCAUGCCCAUCACCCUGACCAUCUCCACCAGCAGCCUCAACCUCAUGGCGUCCGACUGCAAGCAGAUCAUUGCCAACCACCACAUGCAGUCCAUCUCCUUCGCUUCUGGGGGAGACCCGGACACGGCCGAGUACGUCGCCUACGUUGCCAAAGACCCCGUCAAUCAGCGAGCCUGCCAUAUCCUGGAGUGCCCCGAGGGCUUGGCGCAGGAUGUGAUCAGCACCAUUGGGCAGGCCUUUGAGCUGCGCUUCAAGCAGUACCUGAAGAACCCCCCGAAGCUGGUGACACCCCACGACAGGAUGGCUGGGUUUGAUGGAUCUGCCUGGGAUGAGGAAGAGGAGGAGCCAGCCCCCGAUCACCAGUACUACAACGAUUUCCCUGGCAAGGAGCCUCCCAUUGGGGGGGUCGUGGAUAUGCGGCUGCGAGACGGGGCUGCUCAGACCCCCAAUCACUUGGGGGCCACACUGCCCGUCGGCCAGGCCAGCGGGGAGUACGACCCCCAGAAGCAGCAUGCUCCUGCCCAAGGAGGGAGAGAGAAAUACCCGGCUCCGGUGGGUGCAUCCGGCCGCACGGACCUGUUUGAUGACCCAUCUUAUGUCAACGUGCAGAACAUGGACAAGGCCCGGCAAGCAUCGGCUGCCAGCACCCCUGCGACAGCCAACGGUAGCACUCAGAGAGACCUCUUUGACAUGAAGCCUUUUGAAGAUGCCCUGCGUGUGCCCCCGUCCGUGCCCGUGGGGCUACCCCCUGCCCAAGUGGUGGCCUCCAUGGAGGAGCAGCUGAGACGAGAGCCCUGGUACCAUGGGAAGAUGAACCGCAAGGAGGCCGAGAAGCUGCUGAAGGUGAACGGAGACUUCCUGGUGCGGGAGAGCACCACCACGCCGGGGCAGUACGUGCUGACCGGCCUGCAGGGUGGGCAGCCCAAGCAUCUGCUGCUCGUCGACCCCGAGGGAGUGGUGCGGACAAAAGACCAUCGCUUCGAGAGCGUCAGCCACCUCAUCAGCUACCACAUGGACAAUCACCUGCCCAUCAUCUCAGCCGGCAGCGAGAUGUGCCUGCAGCAGCCUGUGGAGAGGAGACUCUGAGUGCCCCGGGGCGCAUCCCCCCGGCCCUGCUCCCUACCCACGGCACCCUUGGACUCUGAGCCGGGUGCUCUGCCGGGACUGAGCAUGGACACGGCCGGGGCCUGUCCCCGCUGGUGGGGUGCGAGCUGCCGGUGUGGCCAAAGGGGGGUCUCUUGUUGCCAAAGCCCUGCUGUGCCCCCUAGCUCCAGCCUUCACACAGCAGCUCAGUUCCUGCCACAGCCUGGCCCCGCUGCUGGGCCACGGCCGCUCACACCCAAUGGCAUGGGCAUGGGAAUGGCGGAGCUGAGCCCCCGGGGUGCAGAGGGGGGCACAGCCCCCCCCCAGCCCCGUUCUGACUGUACCCGGUCACUUUACGUGUUAACUCUGUGCCUUGACCCGCAGGUCCCACACUCUUAUGCAAUGGUGGGGGGCUGGGGAUGGAGCCCCCCCCCCCUCCCCGUGCUCCCAGCCCCACCGUGCUCCUUCCUGGGAUGUGCCCCGGCAGCCGGGGGGUGGCGGGAGGGCCCCCCCCAUGCAUGGUGUUCCUCCCCAAGCCAAAGCGCAGCCCUGCCCCGGGCCCUGCUCUACCAAAGGAACCGGCGCUCGGUAUUAAAGUUGGUAUUUCUCUA